AACUGGCGUCACUUCCCAGACAGCCAUUUUUGUGUUGCAGGAGAGGGAAGAAAGAUUGACACAGCAGCAUAUUGUAGUAGUAUGCAUGAUUAUUGCUGUUAGCUGCUUGUAUUGUAGCGGGUGCGUCCUCUGUAACGGUACUGGAUUUGUGAGUACUAAGCAUUGUCCACGUGGCUUGAAAUCAGUCGCGUGAUAGGUUAUUGUCAUUUGCGGAGUGGAAGCUGGUUAGAAGCUGCAAGCUAUCCUGUCAAGCAUCUUCCAUUUGACAUUGAAGAUUGCUUUACAAUGUACCAGAUUCCUGUUGGAAGUUUGGAUGUAAUCCGAAAAACCAGGAGAAAGGUGAAGCACGUUCUGAGUGACAUUGGACUGGAGGAUUGUCAAAAUCUUCUGGAGGAGCUGCAGAAUUCUGACCCAGGUGAUGAUGUUUUUCUUGAGACGGAAUGGACUGAUUUAACGGAGGGCUUCAAUGGCAGAGGGAGGAAAAAGUGGGUGUAUCGCACGGAUACAAUGUGCUGCAGCCUGUGCACAUAUCAUACACGGAACUGGCGAAGCUUUAAAUAUCACGUACAACGUGAACAUGACUACGAGAGGAAAAUCUGUGCCCUGUCACCCUGUCCCUUAUGCCCAUUUGUAGGACACCCUAAAGUUGUCCGAAAGCAUGGCCGGCUCUUCCAUUCUAUCUCACCAGCACCAAGUACAGAAAUCAGUGCAGCCGCGGUACGGCUGAUAUCACAAAAGAAAGGAGAAAGGUACCGAUGCCAGAAGUGUGCCUUUCGGAGCUCUGUCUUAUACGCCAUCAAGAAGCAUGUCCUCCUUACACACCUCGGGAGUAUAUUGCGUCAAUUCAGUAGUAAAACAGUGGACCCAGAACAACCACUCUCAAAAAGAUACUACUGCAAGGACUGUCAGACAUCUCUUGCAAACCUCGAUCAAAUGCUCCACCAUGUCCUUGUCUCAACAGCCCAUCAGUUGAUAAACGUACACGUGAAACCGUUCAUCAUUGAAAACAGAAACUAUAACACUGCCACAUACCGCCCCCCAACAAAAAGCCAAGUCCUUGCUAAAACGGAACCGCUCCAGUUAAUUAACAGUCUCCUGGUUGCGUCCUCGAACAACCAGCUUGUGUCCUCACCUGCGACAGGAGCUCCUAACAGUGUCUCUUUCAUGUGUGUUCCUGGGACCAACCUUCCUCCACAGGCUUCAGCCCUAGUUCAGCUGGCCAGUGCCGAGGCUAAGGGCUUGAUCAAGCGUGGAACUCCCAUAACCUUCCAAAGUGCUUUACCCACAAGGACGGGACCAGCCACAAUGCCUUUAGGUGGCAUAGGCCCACCUACUGCCAGGCUUGCCAUAUCAUCCAGCGGUGCUUCUAGGCAGGCACCACCCAUGGGUGUCCCUGGGCGGCAUCCACAGCAGCCAUGGACACAAGUCCUCCAGCAGCCGCUCAUGGUGACACAAAAACUCCCGCUCAACCAAACCACCCCACAAGGCACAAUGCUGACUUCUCAGUCCCUUUUAAGUCACCUGAUUCCCACCGGCAACAAAAUAAAUGGCAUGCCGACAUACACCUUAGCUCCAUUAAAGAUGGCGCAGUCUGGUUGCAUGGAAACCCCUCAGAAUACAGGCAGUCCUCUCCAACCAAUAAAGCCAACAAGUAAUUCCAUACCUCAAGCCAAGCGCUGGGUCGCGUGUCCCAUCUGCAAUGAACUCUUUCCAUCCGAUGUCUAUGAAGUACAUACAGAGGUUGUCCACAAGGCCACAUCCAGAAAUGAAAGCAUGGCAGCAAAGGCACCAUUCCUCCGGAAAAUGCCGGACAAAACGGUCAAGUGUUUGAUGUGCAAGGUCUUGGUGUCUGAAAAGGGGCUCCUUGAACACCUGCUGCACGGGCUGGACUGCAUGUUCUGCUCUCAGAAGUUUAACUCCAUCAAAUCUUUCGUCGACCACUCCAAAGAGCACAAUCCCUCGCAAAAAGCCUAUUGUGAAUACAUAAGGCGUGAGUACAGACUCUACACGAACAGCUCAGGGAAACUUCUCUUUCCUUACUUUGAUAUAAACACGACUGCACCCAAGGAGAUACUGGGAGACACAGAGCUCAACCUCGCCCUGGUGACCAAAUCUCUCGACCUCAUCUUCUUAAAGAUGCUGCCUAUCAGUAGUCAUCCGGUGUGUUCCACGCCGAUGAAAACGGUUCGCACACGCUGUUUGUUUUGUGACGAGAACUGCCAAACUCCAGACAAAUACCAGGAACACUUGCGGCACAAGCACUUUGUAGAUACUACUGUCCAUGCCAUUUUGAAGACUGCAGCAUUCAAGUGCAUUUACUGCAAUGGGGUAUACACAGGAAGAGUCACACAGAGGGCAAUCGUUUUUCACUUGCGGCGUUGCCAGUGUGCACCCAAGGAACCGAAAAACACUGAAGAAAGUAUGCCCCCCACCAGUGGACAACCAGUACUGCUGCCUACUGCUAACAAGCUGACAGUGGUGAAACCUUCCCCAAAGCUCCAAAACAAUCAGGCGUCUGUGUUUUACUUUGCCCAGUUCCAACAAGGACCAGUCCUACAAGCACCGCUCCUUCAAGCAAAUCUCCAACAAGCCCCACUCCAACAAGCCCCGCUCCAACAAUCCCCGCUCCAACAAGCGCCGCUCCAACAAGCGCCGCUCCAACAAGCGCCGCUCCAACAAGCGCCGCUCCAACAAGCGCCGCUCCAACAAGCGCCGCUCCAACAAGCGCCGCUCCAACAAGCGCCGCUCCAACAAGCGCCGCUCCAACAACCCCCGCUCCAACAAGACCCUCUCCUGCAAACACUUCUCCCAAGUCCAAUCCCUAUGUCCAGCUGUGAGCCUGAACAAUCUGAAGCAGAGAAGCUAAGCAAGCUAAGGCUGGAGAUGGCAUGGAAGGAAGCCAUGGAGGCCAACAAGCGAGAGAGACAACAGAGGGCUGAGAUACGCAAAAGACAGGAGCUAGAAAGGGAAAUGGCACAAGCCACAGUACAGCCUGAGAUUGAGAUCGACCCCACGGUUCAGCUGGCACUUGAUCCCAGCGGGCUGGAGCGUCAGGCCCCUGAAGAAAGGAAAGACUUCCUUACCAGAUACUUCCACAAAAGUCCAUACUUGACCAAGAAGGAGUCUGAUGAGCUGAGUAAAAGACUGCUGCUCACCAAGUCUGAGAUAUCCCUGCUCUUUGGCAACAAGCGGACCAAGUGCAUAAGGACCAUACACAAACACACUGCUGCUGUCUUCCUUGGCUUCAACAUGGCAGAGUUGAACAAAGUCAGGCAUAAUCUUCUCAUCCCAGAAGUGGUCUCAGCAGACCUGGAUGACACUGAAGAACCAGAGAAAUCAGAAGAAAAAGAGGAAACCGCCGAUUCAAGUAAACAGUCUGAAUCUGAGGAGAUCGCAAAUGAAGAAGAACCUGUGGAAUCAGAGAGAACACAACUUUCAGAGGCUACAAAUGAAAUGGCUGAACCAGAUAAAUGAGGAAAGGAUGUGUUUGCAUGUACAGUACCAGUCAAAAGUUUGGACACACCUUCCCAUUCAGUUGAAUGGGAUACCACGUGUCCACACUUUUGACUGGUACUGUAUACUUUGUGUUCCUCAGCACCUUCGUCAACCUUCGUGUUUCUUCCUAGAUCUGUGGCCAUGGUGCACUAGGUUGUUGACAAGGUUCAUAAACUCCAUUUGAUUUGGGACAGUUUGGGAAUGUUUUUUUAUAGUUGAUUUGGGACUUCUGCUCAAAGGGUAUCUCACUUGGCCAGUUUCCAUUGUCAGUCAUCCUACUGACAUUUCAAAUACCAUGUUUGUACAUGCUAUAAAGCAUAAAGGGUCUUUUUGUUGCGAUGUUAACUAUUUGCACAAAAAAACAACUUUGUUUUGAGAUCUAGAUUGCCAAGAAAUGGUAUCCAUUGGGUGUUUGUUCCUUAUAUUGCUGUUUCAACACCCAGCUAACAAUAUAAACCUAGUCUAUUCAAGUGUGA